UUACUCAAAGAUGCCUUAUCAUUUUAAUAUAUUUAAAAUUUAUAUGUAUGGAUAGAAAAUUCACCUAUAUUACAAAAUAAUAUCUCUCAAAGACAGAAAUUCAGAUAGGACCCAACAGGGACACAUACACACACUAGAGUGUGGCGAUCCGAGCCCGACGGUACCCGACAGGUUGGGCCGGGUUUCGUCAAAAAUGUAGCUAUAAAUUGUAUUCGGGCUUGGGUUGGAUUCGGUCAGCUUUCAGUGAAAAUGUAGUGUAAAAAUACAUAAAAUCCUAUUGUCUGUCCUGUUUAUUGCUUGGGCUCUGUUAUUUACGUGACAACACCUGAACAUAGCACACACAGACACACAUUGGCUGUUUGUUUCUACCUCUCUCCUCGCUGGAAGUCUCGGACCUCCAGCCGCCCGCCUCCACCUUGAUUAAACGCUGAAAAUAAAAUAAAAGAGGGAGACAUAUUUUUCCUAUUUUAUCUUAUUUUGUUUCAUUUCUCCCUCUCCUCUCGCUGGAAGCGUCGGACCUCCGCCUCCCGCUCCCCUCUCAAACACGGAGGUCUCCCUCUUUGCUGGGAGGUCUCCCUCUUUGCUGAGCACCCACAGCGCAUGCCCAGCCUGUUAAAUACCCUGUAGCCGUAGCAACUGUGUGACACAAAGUCAGUGCUUUGGUCAUUAAAUAAUGUCGGGCUCGGUUCGGGUUCGGACAGAAAUAUGCGGCCCGUGCUGCACUCUAACACACACACACACAAACACACGGAAAACCGGACAGUAUCAUCAGUUUAUAAAAAACCCCCGGACACCUUGGACGGGACAUGAAAAGUGGACAUGUCCGGGCAAAAGAGGACGUUUGGUCAGCCAACCAUAUUGUUUACAAAGAAUGGAAUAAAAUAUAUCAAAGUAAAUUAUUUCAUAUUGGUUAUUCUAUGUAUUUUGUCUGGUAAUGUCCCAGGUGUGAGGAAGCUACAUAAAAUCUGGUUGUAAAAUCCAUGGCAGAGGACAUUAAAAAGUUAAAAUAUUUUAACUCUAAAGGGCAAUGCCAUCUCAAAGUUAUUAUUGUAGGCGAUUUUAACAUUCAUGUCGACGUUGAUAAUGACUCCCUGGCUACCGCGUUUAUCUCAUUAUUAGACUCCAUUGGCUUCAGUCAGGGUGUACAUGAACCCACUCACUGUUUUAACCAUACCCUCGAUCUAGUUCUGACGUAUGGAAUUGAAAUUGAUAAUCUAAAAGUCUUUCCACAGAAUCCCUCGCUAUUGGAUCAUUAUCUGAUUACUUUUGAUUUCUUUUUACUCGAUUACACGCCACUCAGCAACAGUUACUAUACUAGAUGUUUAUCAGAUAGUGCUGUCGCAAAAUUUAAGGAAAAGAUUACUCUGUCAUUAAAUUCAAUACCAAGUCCCUCAGUAACAGAGGUUUUCCGUACCGACUUUGAUCAUUUUGUCGAUAGCGCCGUAGGCUCGCUGCGAACAACACUUGACUCUGUAGCUCCUCUUAAAAAGAAGUUAAAAAAGCAAAGAAAAUUCGCUCCUUGGUAUAACUCUCAAACCCGUAAGUUAAAACAAAUAUCGCGAAGGUUUGAAAGGAAUUGGCGAUUAACCAAACUGGAAGAAUCUCGUUUAAUCUGGACAGACAGUCUCAAAACUUAUAAGAGGGGCCUCCGCAAUGCCAGAGCAAACUAUUACUCAGCAUUAAUAGAAGACAAUAAGAACAACCCCAGGUUUCUUUUCAGCACUGUAGCCAGGCUGACUGAGAGUCAAAGCUCUAUUGAGCCUUGUAUUCCUUUAGCCCUUAGCAGUAAUGAUUUUAUGAGCUUUUUUAAUGACAAAAUUCUAACUAUUAGAGGCAAAAUUCAUGACCUCCUGUCCUCAGAUAGUACCUAUCUAACCUCAAACACAGCUGUAAAACCUAAUAUAUAUUUAGAUUGCUUCUCCCCAAAUUUCUCUUCAAGAAUUGACUGUAGUGAUUUCUUCAUCCAAAUCAUCAACGUGUCUCUUAGACCCCAUCCCAACUAGGCUACUUAAGGAGGUCUUUCCUUUAGUUAACACUCAUAUAUUAGAUAUGAUCAAUAUAUCCUUAUUAACAGGCUAUGUACCACAGUCUUUUAAGGUAGCUGUAAUUAAACCUCUACUAAAAAAGCCCACCCUGGAUCCAGAGGUGUUAGCCAACUAUAGGCCAAUAUCUAAUCUU